CGGAAACUUGUUUGCGCAUGUCUGAAACAGGUGAAUUCCUGACAACGAUAAACAAGCAUUGAGAACAUAAUGUUUACGUUUUGAAAAUGACAUUCUGUUGUCUUUUACACAAUGAAUUACAGUGUGUUUAGGCUGCAAAACCAAGGAGGAAGACCUUCAAUCUUUUGGGAAAAAGAUGAUUUUGGUUUUCCAACUGUGCCCCGUCUUCUUCCCCCUAUAGAGACCAUUCCGAAGAAAGAUCGAAAGUUUGGAUACAAGCAGCGUAACCAGCGGUUCCAGGUACGCCGAUUUGCUGGUGAUGAUCACCAUGUAGAAACUGAUCUUGUGUCCUUAACCCCAGAUGAACCCCCACCCCCUCCAAAACCUGUUAAAAACUUCAUAAAGAAAAAUAAGGCGAAGGUCUCCACACAAAAACAGGAUGGCACAGUGACCUUGACACAGGAGCAGCUGAACGCAAUCCUGCGCUCAGUUGGGAAAGUUGCUGGGGGCAGUGAAAAUGCUGUCAAAAUAUCUAUAGAUCGGAAGGACAAGACGCACAGUGAGGUUUUGGUUGAGUCACCUCGUCGCCAUGACGAUGAUGAAGAUGAUGAUUACGAUGAUCAUCAGGAACGACGACGGAAGAAGAAGCCUGCAUCCAAACAGGAAGACAACAGCAUUUACAGCUUCCUAGGUGAUCAGUCGAAAAAGAAAAACACUUCCGACAAUGAGAGCAUUGCCAGUGGUUCCAGUGACAGGAGUCUAGAACUGAGAAGGGUUACUAAAUCCCAUGCACGCAGAAAAGAGAAAAAAUCUCGACGAAAAGAUGACGAUUAUGAAGAUGAUGAUAGGCCAGUCCGAGGAAAACAGAGACAUCGUAUAGAUGAUGAUGAUGAGCCAGUACGGGACAGGGGGAAUAAAACACGGUCUAAAAGGGACACUGACUAUAACAUGGAGAAAGAUGAUAAUAAACGUAAGCCAAGAAGGCAUCAGAAAACUCAGGAGGAGCUUGAUGAUGAAAUUCUUAAUUACAAUAAUAGCAGGCCGAGAAUAAGACUCCAGGGUGAAGACAGUGAUAGUGAAAUACCUGAAACAAGGGGUAGAAGGAAUCGUUCAAAACAUCGAGAUUCUGAUGACGAAGGUAUUGAAUUAGAUAGAAAAGAACGGACAAAAAAAAGUGAAAGACACCGAAAAGAUGAGUCUUUCAGAGAGAGAAGAAGAGAUAGAUCUAGGAAGGAGAGUGAAGAGGAUGAGCAGGACACGAGCCUGAACAAGGAUCAUGCUGAUGAUGAGAACCUGCAGCCCUCGCCGCGGGAUAAAAUAGGCCUGCCCAUAGACCUCUCCUGGCGUCAUAUGACCAAGGCAGAGAGGCGUAGGCUUGAGAUGGCCAGGAUGAAAGUUGAUGAGGACGAGGAAAAGAAAGAAGAGGAACGUCUUAAGCAGCUGAAUGCCCGCUAUAACCCUGAAGUGAUUUUAAAACCACAGAGACAUAAAGGACCACGAUCAGAUCCGUCGGCCAAGAUGACACGCACUGAUAUUGGGCGAGUCACUGAUCUAUCUAACUACACAGAUGGGAACCGGCGGGGUCGACAUUCUCGGUCACCAUCUCCUGAGGACACGCCCGAUGUCCCUUCUCGGCAUUCACCAGUAGACACAAGUCCUAAGGCCCAUGCCAAGGCCCCUGUGGGGAUACCCAUGCGUCACAUGACACUUGCAGAGAAGAAACGUCUUGAGUGGGAUCGAGAGAGGGUUGAGUCAAAACAGCUGUCUCACACAGGAGACUAUGACCCUUGGGGUCGUCCAGGAGCUGGAGCCCCACUAAGGACCCGGUCGGGACAUGUGGCCGCUGACUACAAGGGAAGACAGGACAUGAUGCACACGUCCACUAUUGUGGAAGAGGGGGAGGCUUCAGAACAGGGAACCAGACAAGAGGAGAGGGGAAGCAGGCCUAGGGGACGGUCCCCACCUACCCAGAAACACCGUGCCCACUCCCCACCCUCCCAGCAGCUCACACAGCAGGGGUCAUCAGGAGCCAAGGAUGAUGUGCCCCAUGCCAUGAGGAGCUCAUUUGUGCUUGGGCAAGGAGCUCCGAACAAUAAUCACCUGGAAAGCGCCAAGGAAAGAGAGAGAAAAAAGUGGCUGGCUGAACUAGAGCAACAGAUAGAAGAGAAGCGGCUGAAAGAUCUGUCUGGGAAACCCCGCGCCGAUGAGGAGACAUGGGCUGAUAAGCUUGGGCAUUCUCACCGACCCACACACUUCCCCGAUCAGCCCCGUGACCCGGGCGGUGGAGGGGCUGCUGUGAAUGCAAGUGUGGAUGGAGCUAUUGGCUCCCUGCUUCCUCUUGAGUCACACAGGGAUGUACACAGUGCACCUGAUGGGAACCAGGAUGGUCAGUCACACAUUCGGGGCCAGAACGUUCCCCUGGAUCCAACCACAAAGAAGGAAUUGGAGGACAAGAGGAGGAGAUACCUCGAGCACCAGGAUGCAGUAAAAGCUCAGGUUGAGGAGAAGGAACGCCAGCGUCGUCAGGCGAGGGAAGCAAAGUUGCGGGAGGAUAUGGAGGAGGAACGCAAGCUGCAAGACGAGCGUAACCUCCUCAAGACACAGUUUGAGAUGGAGCAGCAGAAGAGUAAACAGAAAGAGCAACAACGGCAGGCCCAGGUGAACCAGCUGAAGGCUGCUAUGGACGAAGCUCAGGCAAGUGCACUUCAGGAGAAAUACCAGCGCAAAAUGCAACACUUGGAGGCUGGGGGGCAUGACACAUCCAAGCUGCGUGAACACCUGGAAGGUGAAAUAACAACCAGGAUUGAACAGUUGAACACACGACGCGAGCGUGACAUCAAGGCUGCUCGCCAGCUCCAUGACCUUCAGUUCUGGGGACUGACCCCUAAUGAGGCAGAUGAGGAUGUUGCCAGGCAACAUGGCUCUGUUAGGGGUCAAGGUCAAGCCAGUAACCACAGGCAACAAGGUCAAGCUGACCACAGCCAAGGGGCGCGGCUCACCCCUCGUGACCGUGGCGACAUAAUGGUAGUAGAACCAUCACAUGUGCCUGGCCUUGACCUUCACACCGGGCGCACUCAAGGUCAGCCUAACUACACUACUAGACGGGAGCCCAGGGACCAAAGGGAUGCCCAUGACCCUGCAACUUCUGUGCGGCAUGAGCCUUACCAGGAAGACCGAGUAUUGACCCCUAGCCGGUUUCGGCAUCCUGCCAAGCCCUGGAGUGACCCUGCAUCCCCACGUAGAGAGUUUGGCACACAAACGGGUAAACUGAAUGACUCUGCUGCCAGCUUGGAUGGCGAUGAUGUCUCACAUCUCCUGAAUUCACACAUUCUCAGUCGUGAUGACUCAGAGGUGAACAUUCAGUACAAGUUUGAGAAAGGCAAGAAGGUUCGUGUGAUCAGUGCACCCAAGGAGUCCCUACAGAGGCGUGGCAGGAAGCCCAAGGAGAGUCGGGAUGCCCGGGACCCUCGUGCUGCCCCCUCCCACAGGGGGUCUGUGAGCCCGCACGAGCACCACCAUGAGGUUGUUAACCAGAAGAUGAAGGAAGAGCAGCUAAAGAAGAAAAAGAUUGAACAGAAACUGCGGCGGGGGCCUGUCAAACAGGGCAGUAGGCCCAUGUGGGGGUAUAAGAACCCCAACCUGAAGAAACCACAGAAACAGUCAGAGAAGGACCCUUUUUAUGAUCAGAAAAAAAAGGAGAGUGAAGCAAGGAGAGUGAAACGAGAACACAAGUUACUUGCCCUUGUUGAAGCUAAUAAAGAUAUUAUACCUGAUUAUUAUGUUCCCCCAACUCAGAGGACAAGGUCAAGGUCUAGAUCUCAGUCUCCUUACUCAGACAUUGAAAUGGCAAGUCCCCGGCAGGCGACAAUUAAGAGAAGGUCAAAGUCCCAUUCCCCAGAUUCCUUCAGACUUCCCUCCAACACAGAUCAACUUCCUGGUCAAUCUGGUGCUCAUGGCAAACAUAGAAGGCGGGAAAGUGUUUCUCCACCCCCACAUGCACAUGGGCAUGCAACACCCCAAGAAUAUGCUGGAGAGGAUAACAGAUCUUAUGACAAUAGAAACAAAUCUCCACCUGUGCCAGCCAUUAGACACAAGGAUUCUAAUCGGACUGCUGCUAAUGCAGGGUACCGAAAAGGGGGUAAGUAUGACGAUGAUGACCCACUUCAGGUACCAGUUCAGAAUGGGGAAUUUGUGCCAUUUACACGCACUGUGGACAUUCUUGACCCAGCAAAAGCAGAAGAGCCCUUGCCACUGUCUCGAGAGGCAACUCGGGUGGCGAACGCUCGCAGGAAAUACUACGAGAGUCUCCAUCCCAACCAGUUUGGAAACAGGCAGUACCCUUUGAAAGAUGAACAUAGACCACUGCCAGGAAAUGAUCCAAAGAACCCUCUGAUGAACCCUGGGCUGGUUCUAGAACACCCAACUUCCCGCCAGGACCAGAUACUGGUACAACUUUCAACACUCAAACAGAGUCUGAUGCAGAGACAGAGGGAAUUGGAGACGUUCUCCCCAACAGACCUGGUGCGAUACAACACGGAUAUUAAAGCUUGACCACAAUUGUGACUGUCAGUGAUAAAUGGCAGGACAGUAGACCAUACCCACUUUGGAUCAUUCUCUUUCCUAGAAUCAAGCUAAAUGUUUGGGUGCUCUUCAUAUGUAGAUGUUCAUAAUCUUGUUCAUGUUCGUCUUGAUUUUUUGACUUGAUAGAUGUAUAGUUUCAGCUGUUCAGUCUUCAUUUGCUAUAAUUGCAUGAUACUUGUAAAAUUCCCCUGCGAGGAAUUCUAGAAUUAUUCUAGAACAGAUUCUAGAAGAUAGUUCUAGAAUAGUAAAUGAACUCUAAAUGGCAGUUCUAGAACUAAAUGUUCAAGAACUUUCUCUAGAAAUAAUUUUUAAAUAAAUAUGCCUGUUGUACUAGGCAAAAGAACCAUACAUUUACAGUGCUCUGUAUUUUUUUCACGCGGAAUCAUUAUGUAUUUGUGAUGUAUUGCUAGAGUUAUAUAUAACUUUUGGCUUGAAUAGCAUUGAAAAUCUUCACUUUCUACGACAUUUAUGUUUUUAGUGACAAAACAAAUUAGUAUUUAUGAUGUAAAUAGAAUAUAUCAUUCAUGGUCAUGCAAAUAGAAAUUUAUCACUCAUUUUUAAACAAAUAUAUUCUUAGUGAAUGGCCGCUCACGUAAUUUCCUCUGCACCUUUACUCUCUUUUGGUCAAAUCAAUAUAUUUUCCAUAUACUACUGAUUAUUAAGGGAAUGAAAUGCUAUUCUUGUAAGUGCCAAAUACAAAAAAAAAUGUGUUUAAAAAUAUUCAACUAAAUGAAUUUGUCAUGAAAUUAUUAUCAAACUUAUGCAUGUUCUACACAAAUUGUUGUUGAUAGUUUGUUUCAUUUUGUAGGAAAGAUGCUAACAUGUAUUUAUUAACUUCUAGCAUGUUUGUGGUAGGCUUUGUAUUUUUUAUCUGUCAUUAUUAUGGUAGUUAAUAUGUCUACUCUGGAGAUUAAUGUAUGCAAAUCUUUGGCCUUGGAAGUAAUUAUCUACAAGUGUUGUCUUUAAAAUUGAGUAGAAAUCUUCAGUAUGGAUAAUACUUAUUAAUCUGGUGUUUUAAAGAAAAAUAGAUAAAUUCUAGUCUUAUAGACUUGGUCAUUGCAAAAUAGUCAUAAAAGCUAUCAAAAUCACACGUCUAGAUAGAUGUUUGUUAUUUAUUAAUAUAUAGAAAAUGAUUAAAAAAUAAAAUUUUA